AUGCUUUUUUUGAUAUACAUUUUUUUGCCAUCAUGGCAGACACCAGCAAGCUACAGGAAAAAGCACAAUGCACUGGUGAAUUUCGGCUUUAACGAAGAAGGAGCAAGAAGAGCACUGAGACUGUGUGGAGGUGACGUUGAUCAAGCUUUUAGUUUUCUACUACUAUUGGAAGAGCGUGGAUUGGAAUGUGAGGAUGUAGAUGAGAGCGAAGAUGAAGAUGAAAGUGAGGAGGCUGAAGAUGUAUAUGAAAUAUAUGAAGAUGAUGAUCCAGAGUUUGCUGAUACUAGUAUUUCCGAAACUAAAGACUUUGGCUGCACAAAAGAGGACCUUAAUGAUGAAGAAUGAUAUGGUGUAGACGGAGAUAUUAUUGAUGCAGACGGAAAGGAGGAGAAAAAUAAUGGAAUUGAAUAA